CGGCGGCCCAAGCGCACACAUCGGGGGACGCGGCUCCUCUGUAGGCGGCAUGGCGCUACGCACCGCGUUAUUAACGCUGCUUGUGGCAGCAGCCGGAGUGUGUGGCGGCGGGGGCGGAGGUGGAGGCGGCCAUGGCGGCGGGCGGCAGUGGGAGGUGGUGAUUGGAGGCGGUCAUGGAGGUGUGACUUCGAGGCCAGAGGCGGCGGCGGUGGAUUCGGCGGAGGUGAUCACGGAAGGUGGAUAUCCUACGGAGGCGGGGCGUGCGGCGGGUGGUGAAUCGAGGCGGCCAGUGGAAGGAGGAUUCGGAGGCGGCGAAUAUGAGGCUACGGAAGGGCGGCGGGGAGGAGGAGGGUGGCUUCGGCGGUGGCCACGAGACCACGGCUUCAGCGGAGGCGGUAACCGACCUCGGGAGGCCAUGGUGGCGGAGGCUACGAGGCGGUCGGGACAUCGUGCGGGGGGCACGGAGGCGGUGGCUGACGGAGGUUGGAGGAGUCGGUGGCACGGAGGCGGCGGAGGCGGUGGCUACGGAGGCGGCGGAUUCGGAGCAGUGGACACGGAGGCGGCGGUUACGAGAGGUGGAGGAGACCUCGGUGGUCACGAGGCGGCGGCGGUAUGGAGGCGGCGGCGGCGGCGACGGGUUUGGAGGCCAUGGCGGCGGACGACUUGGGAGGCCACGGAGGUGGCGGAUUCGGAGGCGGCGGAGGUUUUGCGUGGGCACGGAGGCGGCGGCGGGGCGUCGGCGGUGGAGGUGGCGGAGGAGGUGGCCACGGAGGCUACGACAAGCGUGGAUGAAAGAGCAGAAAUUACUAGUGUGGUAGCUGAUAGAGAUAGAGAUAUUCAGGAAGUGUUAUAUGAGUGUAGGAUUGGGUCUAGAUAUAAUGUUGAAUAA